ACCCCCGAGGCCGUGCUGCAGCUGCUGCAGCAGCGAGGCGUCGCCCUCGCGGGAAGCCACGCGCUCGUCAUCGGCCGCUCUCGCAUCGUCGGCAGCCCGCUCGCGGCGGCGCUCCUCGCCGCAGACGCGACGGUGAGCGUGGCGCACAGCCGCACCAAGGGCCUCGCCUCCCUCUGCCGCUCCGCCGACGUGAUUGUCUCGUGCGCCGGCUACCCUGGGCUGGUGCGCGGCGCGUGGGUCAAGGAUGGCGCAGCCGUGGUGAGCGUCGGC